AUGGACCUUGUGCCGUUGAUGAUGCAGAACCUCUCCCAGACAAUCGGUCCUGAUCAGCGCGGGCGCAUUCGGCUCAACGUCUCGACUGCAUUGACUCAGUUCGCGGUUGCGAAACCGCUGUGCGACACCUACAAGUUGCCGAUCUGUACCGGAGCCGGGUUCACGAAUCCGAUUUCCUUCCCCCUCAGCACUUCUGAUCCGCUUCGAAUCGCCUCCGCGAUUUUCCGGCGGAGCCGUCCCCGGAGGUGGCAAUUGACGCGGCAAUCGGUUCGAAUAGUCGCCGGUAUCGUGAUCAUCGGUGUGGGUUCUGUGGCCGUGUUCGCCUUCGGCGGCUGUAGCGCAGGCAUUCAAGACCUACCCCUGGGUCGUUCGGCCGACGGUGAUGCGUACAACGUGGCGCUGCAGCUGGCCGGCGCCGACGGCCUGGUGUUGGGGGCAGACGUCCGCAGCGGCCAGAAAGUCAUUGGCCGAGUAUCCGCGCUGUCCGCCGACGUCGUCGGAGCCGAUGUGACGCUGAGUCUGGACGCCGCGACGCCACUAUUGGUGCCGGAGGUUCCGUCCGGCUCGAUGCUCAGCGACGGCGACACAAUUCCGGAGUCUCGCACCGAGAUCGGUCCGCAAGUCGAAAGUGCGCUUGCCACGCUCGGUACGGUUCUGACCGGAAGCGGCAUCGAUCAACUCGAUACCGUGGUGCGCGAGCUGAACACCGCGUUUUCCGGGCGCUCCGGUGAAGUUCGUUCUCUGACCGACACCCUGACCUCGCUCAUGGCAGAGGCAAGCAGUCACCGCAGCGAGUUCGACGAGGCCGUCGACCUCGCUGCCCGGUCUCCCCAACUGGCCGGCCAACGCGACGUCGUCGACAACUACCUCGAUUCCGUUCCACAGGUGGUGUCGAUUCUCGUGGGACAGAAGGAUCAGAUUGCAAGCCUGCUGAACUCGACCGUUCAGCUCGCCACCAACGCAAACACCAUCCUCGACUCGUCACCCGACGGCCUCGACGCGAUGCUGCACGAUGCGUCGACCGUUGUCGGGACUCUGGAUUCGUUCAAUUCGGAGAUCGGUCAGACACUGGCGAAUAUGAACGGACUGCUCGAGAACUUCACCAGUGCAGUCCAAGGUGACUACCUCGUUUUCGACGGCGCCCUGGAUAUUCCGGGAACGAUCGACAAGCUCUGGAGCGGCGGGAUGGCCGGUCAAUCGAUCACACCGGCGGGAACUCUCACCGAUCUACUUCAAGGAGGUCUGCGU